AUGGCUGCCGCUGUCCGGCCUCAGCUGACUGGGCUGCUUCCGCCGGCAGCUCACGUGGUGCAGCCAUCCGCGCGUCAGAGGCACGCAUGGAACCACUCCUCCGUGCGCGGCCCGCGAGGCUUACGCUUGCAUGGCGGCAAAGUUGGCUUCGCCUCCUUCCUCGCAGCAUCCCGGCUCCUUCCGCGGCGCGGCGCUGCGCUGCAUGCAGCGGGGCAGGAGACAGGGACUUGGGAGUGUUCUCCGUUGCCGGUCGGAGCUCCGCCGCCCCGCGGCCUUGUUUUCGCUCAAACCUUCGCGCUUGACGAUGUGGAUGACGAAGAGCUCUACGACGGCGUGCUCCAGUUCGUGGCGGAGCAUGCUGUGGACCGGGAGAGCGUCAGGGUCAGGAAGGCUCGUGACGGGGAGGGAUUGACGACCGAACCCGGACUUGGCUGGCACGAGGUAUUGUGGAGAGGUAAUGAAGGGAAGGACGCCCUCCACAUCCUCUUCAUGGAGCGCUGGACAGGCGCGGACGUUCGUCGCCGACUCGUGCUCGCCACACCGCAGGCCCGGCCGCCAGCAGAAAUCCUCGAGUUCUUUGAGGAGUGUCGGCCACUAGCUCGGCAAAAACGUCCCGAUCCGGCCCAGGAGGCUCAUGGCGCUAUCGUGCGGCUCGUGAAGGAGGCCGCUGGCCAGUCUCCGAAGUUCUGGGUGCAGGAACUGGUUGAGGCUGCCAUCCGAGAGGAGGAAGACGCCGAGCGCCAGAGCCAGGCGAACUGGAGCGAGCUGGACAAAGAAGAGGCGGAUGAGAAAGGCGCGAA